AAGGGUUUUUGAAGCCGCGAGAAAUAUUCGCCGUCGCCGAUAUCGGGAAAACACGAGAAACUUGAAGCAAUCUUCCGCAACUCCUGUUUUUUCUCGUAUGUCCGUAGAGAGGGAGAGAUACAAUGGGAAUCAUAGAACAUGGAGCGGUCUCAGGUACCUUGCCGAGCAAGGAGGCCUUUGUAGUGCACUUCCCUGGAUACCCAUCAUCUAUUCCCCGAGCCAUUGAAACCCUUGGAGGAGUUCAAGGGAUUACUGAGGCAAGAGGAUUAUUUUCAAACAAGCUUGAGCUGCGUUUCCGGCCAGAGGAUCCUUAUGCACAUCCUGCGUUGGGAGAACAGCGUCCUUGCAGCGGGUUUUUGUUUAAAAUUUCUAAGCAAGAAGUCAAGAAACCUGACAGUCAGCCUGUUGUUGCCACUAGUGAUGUAAGUUUGAAGGAGGCUAGUCCAGCUCUAUGUGCAGAUAUUGUCGCUCGUGUUUCCGAUGCAUUUCACUUCGAUGGCAUGGCUGACUAUCAGCAUGUUAUUCCUAUUCACGCGGAUAUAGCGCGGCAGAAGAAGAGAAAGUGGAUGGACGUGGAUCCCCUUGCAGGAGGCAGUGAUUUGAUGGGCUUGGCUGAUGAAGAUGUUAUGAUGUUAUUGCCACAGGUCUUUGCACCCAAAGAUAUACCUGACAAUUUGGCGUUGAAACCUCCGGCAACUUCUGGCCCCAAAAAGAAAGAUGAUGCGGCGACUCAGAACUUUUAUGAGAUGGAUAUUGGGCCAGUAUUUGCAAUUGAUUUUAGCGUCAAAGAUAUCCCAAAGAAUCUAAACUGGGAAGAAUUUGUAUCUCCUAGCUCGCACCACUGGCAAUGGCAGGUAUCACUCUCUGCAUUGUUUGAAGAGCGUCCUAUUUGGACAAGAGACUCUGUUGUUCAACGAUUACUUGAUAAAGGUCUUAAAUGCACACAUCAUAUGUUAAACAGGUAUCUGCUCAGGGCUGCAUAUUAUUUCUCCAACGGUCCGUUUCUUAGGUUCUGGAUUAAAAGAGGCUAUGAUCCACGGAACGAUCCUGAGUCUCGUGUAUACCAGAGAAUGGAAUUCAGGGUUCCACCUGAGUUACGAAGUUAUUGCGAUGCUAAUGCAACUAACAAAUCAAAGCCAAGGUGGAACGACAUUUGCGCUUUUAAGUUAUUUCCUUUUAAAUGCCAAACAUUUCUGCAGUUAUUUGAACUCGACGACGAGUACAUCCAGCGAGAGAUAAGAAAGCCUGGCAAACAGACUACUUGUAGCCAUAAAACAGGAUGGUUCUCAGAAGCCUUGCUAGAUACUUUGAGACUCCGUGUGGCUGUGAGGUUUGUGUCUGUGUUUCCUGAGCCAGGCUUCGAAGAUGUAAUUAAAUCCAUUCAAGAAGAGUUUGAGAGGUCUGAAAAAAUUCAAACCUUUAAAGAGACACAUAAACCAUCUCUAGUGAAGCAUAAGGAGCCAACUAAAGGCUCUGAAGACAUGGAAAAGUUUAAAAGUACAAACGAUGAUGUUGAUGUUAUUGUUAAUGAGUAUGGAGAUGAUGAAGACCUGGAUGAAGAAGAGGAAGAAGAUGAAGAAGAACUAUAUGUGCCUACAGCAGACGAUGAGAUAUCUAUUGAUUCCCAUGGAUAUCUAGAUACUGAGAACAGCUCCAGAACGUAUCUUCAAGGCUUGUUCGAUAGCUUUCCAACGAGUGAACCUGGUUUGUAUGGAGACUUUGCUGUCGACGAUGGAGAGUUUCAGAUAUACGAAGAAGAAUCUGAUGAGGGUUUGUAUUCUAUUGAUGAUAAUGAUGGCGAGGAAGAAGAAGAUGACGAUGAUGAUGAUGCGUGAAGAUCAGUUCACACCACCGGGUAAAGUAGGUUUUGUUCUAAUGAAUCUUCGUCCAGAAAUGACUUCACAAGGCCUCUUGCUUGCAAGUUUCAACACAAAGCUACAAUUUGACAAUCUUUUUUCUUUUUUUUUUUUUUGGCUUCUCCAGGAAACAAAAUAGAUUUAAGUUUCUUUUUUCUUUGUCGACUUCAUAAUAAUUUUAUUAAAGCCCAAGAUAAAAGUACAUAUAAACCAUACACGUGUAUGAUUAGCAUCAGAAGUAUUACACGUGUUAAGGAAAAGUCAUGCAAUCUCGGUACUAGCUCCGUAGAUGGCUUUCGGAAUCCUCGCCGGCAAGAUCAUCCAGCAUGUAACGCAGCUUCAAUAUUCUCUCCCUCAACAGCUCAACCACCAUUAAUAUGUACCUUUGAUCUUAUACUUCCGCCAUAACCAUGCUUUUGAGCAAAGGCUCCAUCAAACACCGACUGUUAAUUCCCGGAAGACUCAAUCAACUUUUAAUAGAUCCUAUAUUGGACCAUCUUCAAUAUAAAAGAUGCCAACUUUGCUGAAUCUUUCUGAAGUUAAUCGAGAUGAAUCCAAAAUCUCAAACCAUUCUUGACAUCUGAGAAACUAAACUCCAUUAACAUAAGAAAGGAGCAAGAUUUAUACUCAUAGGAAAGGAAGAUGAGGAUAAUCGGAGAAGGGGAGAACUCCAACUCAAUAACACGGGAUAGGAAUGAUUUGCGGAAGGGGCGACGAUAUUAAACUCGAACAAACCGAUUUAUUAAUCAACCCAAAAAAAAACAGAGAUAAAAGGAAAAAAGUUGAA